AUCAGACGAUUAGACAUUAGACGAACGUCACGUCCAGCGCGGAGAAGACCUGAAAUUUUCGUUGAUCGCUGAACACCCUUGCCCGAGUAUCACCAUGGGUAAAAAUAAGCAGGCGCAACGUACGAAAAACAAUGCACGGCCAUCAAAUAGCAGCCGCAGUGCAGAACUCUUGGGGGCCGCGGUGCCUAAUUUUGUUGGGUUCUCAGCAGUUAAGGAUGGAGGAUAUGUUCCCGUUCUACCUGGUUUAUCCUUGUGUUCCUUAAAUGAGGUUGAGAUGAACAGUGUAGAUUCCAAUUUUCAAGUAGUACUGAAGAAGAUCAGCAAGAAAGAUGCUACGACAAAGUAUAAGGCGUUGCAAGAAUUUGCGACUCUAUGUCAAGACGCUGAAUUAGCAGCGGUAGAAGGUAUGCUACCGUUUUGGCCAAGAUUUUACUGCGCUCUGUCCAUUGAUAUAGAGCAUAGAGUGAGAGAAGCUGCACAAUUGGCACACGCAGCAGUUGUGAAGCGUGUAGGCAAGGGUAUAGCGAUGUAUCUGAAACAAUUGGCCGGUGCUUGGUUCAUUUCUCAAUAUGACACGUAUCCUCCCGCGGCUUCAGCCGCCACCAACUCUUUCAACAGCACAUUUCCACCCUGGAAGAUAGUUAGCGCGAUUGUUCAUUGCCAGUGCGAAAUUUUAUUGUAUAUUAGCAAUAAUAUAAUCGUGCACACAGCUCAAACGUUAUCGACACAAAAGUCCCUUACCAAUGAAGAGAUGGAAGCUAAAUAUGAGAGAGUACUGGCAGCAAAUCUCCAAGGAUACAGUUAUUAUUUCAAGAAAGUGCCACUUGACGAAAUCGAUAAGACCUUGGAAAUCCACAACAACAUUUUGAGCAGUUCAAGGUUUUGGAAACUGGCUAAAUACGAUGCUUUGCCAGUAAAAACAGCUUUUUUCAACGUGCUAUCGUCGAUAAUGGAAAACGCGGAAAAGUUAUUACAAAAUGAAAAGAAAAGGACAGUGACCACUAUUAUGAAUAGCCUUGACGAGUCCGAACCUGCAAUUUUAUCGGCUGUGUGGGAAUCGAUGCUCAUAGCUACAACGAAAAUUGACGACUGGCAUCUCGUCGUAAAUAUUAACAAACUUGUACUCCCAAAAUUAUGGACCGUUUUACGAUCUGGUGGCCAAUGCUGCGCUAGCACGGUUUAUCCAAAUCUGCUGCCCUUCGUCAGUCAAUUUUCGAAGUUUAAUAUUGAUGUCGCUGAUCUGUAUACGAAUUUCUUUAACAACAUGCGCCAAGGAUUUUUCGUCAAAAGUGUGCAAAUAAGCCGUUCAGAAAUGCUCGCUGUAACAACGUCUUUCGUUGAAUGCUUACGUUAUACGAUUCUCGUAAACGCCGAAAAUGUAGAUUUAUGCGUUCGACUCCUUAAGGAACAGCUUAUGCCUGUUAUAGAAGCUUGCUUAACGGAUAGUACCUAUAUGAAACAAUUUUGUUUUACCGAGAUUACGCAUCUAAUUCGGUAUUGGAGCAAAAAUCGUACUAAUGAGAAAUAUAAAUCGUACGUUUCUUUAAUGGAACAGUUCUGGUUUGAAUUGCAGUUAUUGUUCGACAAAUUUAUGAAUAUGCUAAAAGAGAUCGCAGAUACUACAGAUAUAAAAGAUUCCCAUAUCCAAUUCUUGUUAAAUUUGAAGAAUGUACCAGAUCAUACCCGUAAAAAAUUAAAAGUAAAAUUUUCCGAUCCAAGUGAAUCGGUUGUUGCGAACGAACCGAAGAUAAAAGUUACCGAUGUUUAUGCAGAUCCUGUUUUUAAUGCAGAACUUUGCAAAUUUGUAAAUUCUCUCUGUGCAAUUUACUUUAAUUCGAUAAACGACUCUCAGUACAUGGAAUAUAUCAGGCAGCUGAAUAAACUUAUGAAACAUUUUGCAAGUAGGGAAUUAGUCUGCGCGUUUUCAAAAUCAUUUAAAUUUGAUGAAGACUUCUUUGAAUUUUAUGACAAGAACUUGAAACCUUUAUUGCUCCAAAAGUCAGAAAUAGCUGAACAAAUUCUUGAAUUAAUAUUCCAUUUUAUUACAUACAUAAAUGACGCGGAAAAGGAUAAAGUUCUAAAAUCAUUGAUCGAGUUAGAUGAUAUUGCAAUAACAAGAAAUGCCAUAUAUUGCAGUUUAUCCGAAUGUAAUAAAAAUGAUAGCGUAAUUAAGAAAUGGCAUACACAAGCUAAUAUACCCAAACUGCUAGUUGAUGUAGCCAAAAAAAUUGCUUCAUGCAAUGAUGAACAAUAUGAGUUCGAAAAAAAUCAGAAUCUGAUUUUAUCAGCUUUUGAAAUUCCGGAAAUUAGAGACUCGUUAAUAAAUGAGGAAGGAGCAAAUGAGAUUGUAUCGAUUUUAUGUGAUUCACUAAAUGGAAGGGAUGACAUUUGUUCCAUUAGAGAUUUGUUAGUAAAUGAGGAAGGAGCAAAUGAGAGUGUAUCGAUUUUAUGUGAUUCACUAAAUGAAAGAGAUAACACUUGUCCCAUGCAACUUAUCGCAUUUAUUACGAAAUUGAUGAAUUUAAUGUGGAGUCAUAAGCAAACAGUAUCAAGUGCUGUGCAGAUAUUGGAAACACUUUUUGAAUUGUGCACUCGAGAGCAUGAUGAUUUGACUGCUGAUACGGUCCGUACUAGUUGGAAAGAAGGAUUCGUAAAAAGUAGUCAAAUAUUAUCUGCCCUUGAAUUUGAUGAUCUUAUUAAGGGAUGCGGAACUAUUAUCUGGAGCAAAAUAUAUAAUGCACAUGCAAAUUCUGUUAAGGAUACAUUGGUGGAUUUGGCAGCAGAUGUUUUAGAAGUUAUAAUUAGUAACAUUGACAACACAAAAUCUUAUUGCGUUGAAGAAACUAUUCUGUUAUUCCUAACGGCAUCUGACAUAAAAUUAUGGAUUGGAGAGACAACCGCUAUUGCAAUAUACGGUGAAGUGUUAACAGGCCAUUUAUACAUGUCAAAUGUUGAGAAAAAUAUACGGAUUUUGCAGCAGCCUACAUCUAUCAAUAUAACGAACGACAUCACUCUAGAUAAUACGGCAAAUUGUUUAUCAUGGGCUUUGUUUAUCACAGAUUUGCUUAAUAAUUUGUAUAAGAGACUAAAAAGCUCUGAUUCAGAGAAUGUUAACGUAUCUUCGGAAGAAGAAAAUUUCGAAUUAAACGAUUUAAAUUUACCUGGAAUCACGGAAAUAUUGAUAAAUAUUACAUAUGUUGUUAGCAUAGCAGAUAUAUACAGUAAGCAUUAUAGAUCCACCAAACAUUAUAAUGAUGUUGACAAGCUUCGUGGUUCGCUGAAAAACAGUUUUGUCAACUUGCGUAAAUAUUUUGCAAAAAAUAUCCACGAUGAUGUAUUAUCGCAUAUACGAACAAAUCAGAAAAGUUACGGAUGUGUACUACCAUACAUAAUUUAUACAUAUUACACUGAAUUUUUCUCAAAAGAUAAAACUAAGAAUCCUACGGAGUAUUUUAAAAAUUACAGUAGUAAUGAAAUUGCAGAAAUGUAUGACGAUGAGAUGUAUAUGCAAAUAAUGCAAAUCUUAAACUAUUAUUGGCCACAAAAUAUUUCGGAAAUGUUAUCGACACGCAACGAAAUUUAUGAAUUAAUUGCCACAAGAACUAUGAUACUCGACUCUUCCAAAAAUCAAUCUCCUUCACUUUAUGAUACUAUUGUGGACAAAUAUAUGUUACGUCGCGAUGAUAUUUUCGCGAUUUUGGAUCACGAUAUAUCUGAUACUUCAUGGGAUAAAUUACUUUUGCCACUAGAAGUUAUAAGAUUGCUUACGACAGUCGUUGAAAAUAUUUCAAAUUCAUUUUCAUGUACAAAAUAUUCGUUGAAACACGAAUACUGGGAUUUUACCUUGAUAUCUCUCACAAAGUGGCAACAGUUACUUAACAAUGCCAAACAUGAUUAUACUGACAUUAAAAUAACAAUGUUGAUGACGACGCUUAGCCAAUUGUAUUAUGCAGUUGAAGAUGUAAUGGAAAAACACAAGUUGGAGCCAAUACCAGAGUUACCUCCAGCACUCUUGGACGAAUGGAGAGAUGUAAUUGGCGGCGAUGUAUAUAGUGGCAUUGUCCAGACCUGGAUAUUUUAUGCAGAUUUAUGCAAUCAGAAUACAGAUGCUGUAAAAUCUGUCAUACUAUUGAAUUAUUUGGGAGAGGCAAUUUGUACAUUUGACAAUAGCAUAUCACUCAAGAAAUAUGACGAACAGACCGAAACGAUUGAUUUCAACACGAUGUUAAAGCUGUCUCUGAAAUUAUUGCAAUCUCGUGUACCUAGUAUUCAAUUAGGUGCCUAUUAUGCAUUGAAAUAUAUGGUACCGGAAUUUGUACAGCAUGACAAAGCUCUUGUCGAGUCUGACAACUUCGAUCCAAGCAGUCUUAAUAUUAGAAAAUUCAAUGAAGCGUUGUUAAUUACAGAGCAAGCUAUAAAUGUAAUGUUUAUGGACUUUAGAUUGUGUGAUGCAAUUAGCUGCAAAAUCCAACCAUUUACACAUUUUUACACAUAUACAUUAGGAUAUCUGUUAGGAUGGGCAAUUGUACUAGAUAUCUGCGAAAAGGCUCAUAAUGAUUUACGUUAUCAAUAUGCUGAAAUGUUGAAAAAUAAACUUUUCCCCUGUUUGUUAUUUAAAAUCUUCAAAUUAAUGCCCGUGGACGUACUACAAGAUAAUAAAAAUAAAACUGUGAAACUACUGGAAUUAUUUACUACUGCGCCAGUUUUUCGUUUUAAAGAAAGUUGGACCGAGGAGAGAUUAGAUCAUAUUGUAUGUUGGUUAUACACGAACUGCUUACGGCGUCUACCAGUAUUAGUUAGACAAUGGCUGAGUACAGUUGAUAGCAGAAUCAGUGCAGCAGUAGACAAGAUUACGAGUCAUUAUGUCAGUCCUAGUCUUUGUGAAGAGGAGCUUCUUUAUAGCAGGUUACAAUUGGCUAAUGUUGAAAAUAUGCAGGUAAAAGUGCAUACAACAGCAAGAGAAGUAGUAGCCGUGUAUCAAAUGGAAGAUACAAAAUUGGAAUUAAGCAUAGUGCUACCACCAAACUAUCCUUUAGGUAGUGUUCUAGUAGAAUCUGGUAAACAGAUAGAUGGGGCGACAAAGGAGAAAAAUUAUCACAUGGAACUCGCUAAAUUUCUCACACAUCAAAAUGGCUCAGUUUGGGAUGGUCUUCUAAUGUGGAAGCGCAAUUUGGAUAAGAAAUUUGCAGGCGUCGAAGAGUGUUACAUAUGCUUUAGCAUUUUUCAUAUUAGUACAUAUCAAGUACCAAAAUUGUCAUGUCACACUUGUCGUAAGAAGUUUCAUACUCGUUGCUUGUAUAAGUGGUUCAGUACAAGUCAAAAAUCCACCUGCCCGAUUUGCAGAAAUGUAUUUUAAUCGGACUUGAAAAGGUUUUUGUACAUAGAGAGAAAAUAUUAAUGAUACAAAAAUAAAGUAAAAACAAUAUAAUGAAAGAGAGGAGGAGAGAUUAUGUAAAACAAACAUAUGUAUUAUAAAAAUAAUUUAACAAGAACUGAAUGUAUAAUGUGAUACGACAUAAGUGUACAACAAACUAUAAGACGAUAUAAUCGUAUGAAGAAAUAAUUGUAUAACGGAUCACAUCCGGACAAGUUUCAGAAUAGAGAUAAGAGAAUUUUUCUUCUUA